AUGGUCAAGCUACUAUGGAAACUCCCGAAAUACCCUCCACGUAAAAAUACUUGUGAUAAUGGUAGAACAUGUUAUUCUGGGAUUUAUGAAUUUGAAGUCUCGUUUUCACAGCCCGAAAAGGAAACAAAGUCUACAAAUUGGACGUAUUCGAAAUUAAAUCAUAAAGUCUAUGUUCGUCCAUUUUGCCAAUGUCCUGUGAGAUUUCGCUGCAUUUCAUCCAUACCAACUGGAUUUGUUAUUCGGAGUAUGGCAGUGUAUAUGAAACCCGAACACGUCAAAGAAAUUGUAACAAGAUGCCCAAACCACGCUUCUUCAGAUCACAGUAUUGAUCAUAUUUAUUUAAAAAUUAUAGGUCACAUAGCCCCUUCGCAUUUAGUCCGAUGUAGUGAUAGAAAUGCAUUUUAAUCUGAUGAUAAUAAAAGAGAAAGUGUUAUUGUCCCUUUCUCAACUCCUCAAGUAUUAUUUAAAUAUGACCUUAUAGCGGGCUGCGAGUGGCUAACUUUUUUAUAUCAGUUUAUGUGCUAUGGUUCAUGCACAGGUGGACUCAAUCGCAGACCAAUACAAUUAGUCUUUACUUUAGAAAACGAUUUUGUUGUGGUUGGAAGAAAGGUGGUUGAAGUAAGAAUAUGUGCAUGUCCCGGUAGAGAUCGGAGAUCUGAUGAAAAAACAUCUAAUUCUUCUGAUAAUAAAAAAAGAAAGAAAAAUAUACAUCCAUCUUCUAAAAUACCUCGAAAUUCUCCAAAUUUGGAUAAAAAUGGCCAAUUUAUUUUAAACGUAGUUCCCGAUUGA